GAUGUGAAUGGAUGUGCACCUCAGCAAUAUGUUCUAAAGGUAACUUCUGUACGACCAGCUGGUCAGCCAGACAUCUGCUACCAGUUACUGUUAAACCACGGAGCAGCAAGGAUAUAUCCUCCACAGUUUCACAAGGUAAUUCAAGAAUGUCAUUCCUACCCAAGUGCAGUUGAAGUCAUGGCUAAUGCUUAUGAGCACAUCAAGUCGACUACAAAAUGGAGAAGGGCAAUACCAGAUGAUAUCUUUGAGGAGAUCUUUACAUGGUGUCAGAAGUAAACAGAUUUAUUUAAGUUUGAUUGUCAUGGCUGCAAGCAGACAGCAAGUGCCUCCUAUGGACUUUGAUAAAGGCAAUGUAUGUGAGCACUGGACAAGAUGGAGAGAGCUCAUGGAAUUAUUAUUUGCUGGCCCUGAUGCUGACAAAUGGACACAGGAGCAGAAGGCUGCACAGUUUCUCAUUUGCAUUGGAGAGAAAGGCAGAGAAAUUUGCAGAUCAUGGACUGCAAGUGGAGCUAUAUCUGCUGAAGGUAAAAAGGAUCCCAAUGUGUUAUUUGAGAAAUUUGAGGCAUACUGUAAUCCUAAGAAAAACAUAACUGUACAGAGAAAAGUGUUUUAUAAAAGGCAGCAGGGUAAAACAGAAUCUAUAGAUGAGUGGGUCACACAACUACAUCUAAUAGCUAAAGACUGUGCCUUUCAGGACUGUGAUGAUAUGAUAAAAGAUAGAAUUGUGAUGGGAUCAAAUUCUAGAGAAGUACAGGAAAAAUUACUGCUAGAAGAGGAUCUAACCAUAAACUCUGCAGUAAAAAUAGCUAGAGCAUAUGAAACAUCUAGAACUCACAUGCAGUUAAUUCAUAGUGACACAGAAGUCUUAUACAUGGUGCAAAGGAAAAGUGAAAGUAAUCUGAUUCAUAUCAGAAAAGCAAAUAACCUGCAGGAUUGUGCAGAGCAAACUCUUUACAGAAGCUGUACUAAAUGUGGUACAAAACACAAUAAGAAUACACACUGUCCAGCACAGGGAAAAAUAUGCUACAAAUGUCAGAAAAACAACCAUUUUGCCAGGGUGUGCAGAAACAACACUAUAAAGUAUAGGAAGUCAGUGAAUCAAGUGGAGCAAGAUGAAAAUGAAACUGAUAGUGACAUUGAUCAAAGUACAAUAUUUCUAGCUAUGGUGGAUAAAACAAAUGUAGAACAAGAUGAAGUAUAUGUUGAGAUUCUUGUGAGCACACAAAACAUACCAAUUAAAUUCAAGAUUGAUACAGGUGCACAAGUAAAUUGCAUUCCUGCUAGCACAUAUUAUGACAAGCUGGCAAACAUAUGUGAGCUUGAAAAGUCUGGUCUGUCAAAACUUGUUGGUUAUGGAGGACACCGGCUACAUGUACUGGGAAAGUGCUCAUAUCAAUGCAUGUUACAAAACAAAAAACUUAAUUUAGAAUUUUAUGUUAUAGACACCCCAGCAAAGCCUGUUUUAGGGUUAAGUGCCUGCAAACAGCUAAAUCUUAUAAAAAUAGUAAUGACUGUUGAUCAGUAUAACAAAGGUUUAUCUAAGCAACAAGUUGAGGAACUAUUUUCAGAUGUGUUUCAAGGGCUAGGUUGUUUGCCUGGUGAAUGCAGCAUUAAAUUAAAACCAGAUGCACAUCCAGUAAUUCAUUCACCAAGAAGGAUUCCAAUUGCCAUAAAAGACAAACUCAAAGAGGAACUGGAUCGCAUGGUAAAUUUAGGAGUGCUGGAAAAAGUAGAUGAGCCCACUGAGUGGGUGAGUUCAAUGGUUGCAGUAGAAAAGAAAAACUCAGGUGCUUUAAGAAUAUGCAUUGAUCCAAGAGAUUUAAACAGAGAAAUCAUGCGCAAACACUACAGUUUACCAACUCUAGAUGACAUCACACACAAGUUAGCACAUGCAAAAUUCUUCAGUGUAUUAGAUGCUCAGUCAGGAUAUUGGCAGCUCAAAUUAGAUGAACAGAGCAGCAGGCUCACCACUUUUAAUUCACCAUUUGGAAGAUGGCGCUUUACUAGAGUUCCCUUUGGUUUUGCCUCAGCACAAGAAAUAUUUCAGAAAAAAGCACAUGAAACCAUUGAAGGCCUUCAUGGUGUAGAUGUAAUCAUAGAUGAUCUUCUGGUAUAUGGAUCUACACGGAAAGAACAUGAUCAAAAUCUGUGUGCACUAUUGGAACGGUGUCGAGAGAGAAACAUGAAGUUAAACCCAGGUAAAAUGCAAAUCGGUGUUACCCAAGUUAAAUAUUUUGGUCAUAUUCUGUCACAAGAUGGGCUAAAAGCAGACCCAGAGAAAAUAGCAGCAAUACAACAUCUGGAUCCUCCUACCUCUAAGAAGGAAUUAGAAACCAUUCUGGGUAUGUUUAAUUAUCUGACAAGGUUUGUUCCUGGACUAGCAGAAGCUACAGCUCCACUAAGAGAACUACUUCAAAAGGAUGCACUAUGGAGCUGGAAUGACUCAAUAAAUAAUGUUUUUGAAGAUGUCAAAGGUCUUAUUGUGCGUUCAUCGGAAACUGGAUUACAAUAUUUUUACCCCAAGAAGGAGGUAACAAUACAGGUUGAUGCCUCUCAGUUCGGUUUAGGAGCAGUCCUAAUGCAGGAAGGCAGGCCUGUUGCAUAUGCUUCCAGAUCAAUGACUCCUACGCAACGCAACUAUUCCCAAAUAGAAAAAGAAAUGCUGGCCAUUGUAAUUGGUUGUGAAAAGUUUCAUCAAUACAUCUAUGGGCAGAAAGUCACAGUUGAGACUGAUCAUAAACCACUUAUGAGCAUCAUGGAAAAACCACUUGUGUCCGCUCCACCAAGGCUACAAAGAAUGAUCCUAAGAAUACAAAAAUAUGAUAUGCAUGUAGUAUAUGUACCUGGCAAUAGAAUUCCAGUAGCUGAUAUGCUUUCAAGGACAUUUAAGCCUGGACAAGACGAAAGAGAGGAAAGGGACUUGGAAGAGUAUGUGCACUCUGUACUUUCACAAUUACCUGCUACUGAUGAGAAACUUAAAGAAAUACAGCUAGCAACAGAAAGGGAUGCAACUAUGGCCAAUUUGAUUACAAUAAUAAGGCAAGGAUGGCCAAACUCAAAAGCCAAAGUGAAUGUUGACUUAAAACCUUACUGGAAUGUAAGAAAAGAACUGUCAAUAAUUUUUGGGAUUGUUUUUAAAGGGGAGAGAAUUGUGGUUCCCCCGGAGCUCAGCAAAGAAAUAAUAAGAAAACUGCAUAUAGGGCAUUUUGGAAUAGCCUUGUGUAAAAGACGUGCUAGGGAUCUCUUAUAUUGGCCUGGAAUGAAUUCACAGAUUGAAGACAUGGUCAAUAAUUGUGCAACAUGUCAAGAAAAUCAAAGAGCAAACCAAAAGGAGCCAAUGGUAACAAGAGUACAGCCAGAGAGAGCUUGGCAAAGAAUUGCAUCAGACCAAUUUACAUGGAACCAUAACAACUAUCUUAUAAUGGUAGACUACUACAGUCGUUACUUUGAAAUAGUUCAACUAAGAGACACUAAGUCUAGUGCAGUAAUAAAUGUCAUUAAAUCUGUCUUGGCAAAACAUGGCAUAUGUGAUGAGUUAAUAUCAGAUAAUGGUUCUCAGUACUCCUCAAUAGAAUUCGCAAACUUUGCAAAAGAAUGGGGUUUCAAACACACAUUGUCCAGCCCACAUUACCCACAGUCAAAUGGUUUAGCUGAAAAAUAUGUACAAAUUGCAAAGAACAUUUUGGAAAAAGCAGCCCAAACUAAUCAAGAUCCAUACCUGUGUAUUCUAAACUACCGUAACACCCCAAUAGAUGGAAUUGCAUCACCUUCAUAAUAACUAAUGAGUAGACAUUUGAAAUCAGUUUUGCCUUCAACACCUACACAACUUGCCUCCAAAGUACAGAAUCCUGAAAUGGUUAAACAGCGAGUGGAAACAUUAAAAACCAGGCAGAAACAGUACUAUGAUCGUGGGUCUAAAUUUCUAAAACCUUGUGAGCUUGGCGAUAGGGUAAGGAUGCAAAAUUUAGAAGGAAGGUGGAUACCUGCAGUGGUAACCAAAGUAACAAGUGCACCACGCUCAUACAUUGUCCGCACCGAGAAUGGCAAAGAUUACCGGCGCAACAGAGUACAUCUGCGUCAUAACAGAGGUACAAAUACAGGAGUUACAAAUAUUCCAGAUGCAGUGCUUCAUGUACCACCAAGGAUGUCACAUAGUGAUAUAAAUGAGACUCUAAUUUCAACUGAUGGACAUACAGGAGGGACAAUUACUGAGUACAACACCAACCGCACAACUCUCUGAUCACAGCUCCAAUGUGAUUCUUCCUAGCACAACAGAAACAGCACAAGUUGAGCCACCCAGUAGAUUCUCAAGAUAUGGACGGAGAAUGAAGCCAAAGUAUUGGGAAGAUUAUGAAACUACAUAACUGUGUGCUUUGUUUGUUUGUUUUUGUGCUUGUUUUUUUUUUUUUAAAUGUAUAUUCCUUUAUAUCCAAUAUAUAUUGUUUUAUUUUUUAUUUAUUUUUAAGAAGGGAGAUGUAAUGAAUAUAUCAUAAUGGUUUGUUCCAGUUGUUGUUGUUUAUAUUUGUUGCAGUUCAUAUAUUCUAACACUAGGGACAAGCAUGAGGUAUAACAGUGAAAUGGGUGUUUUAUCUUCAGUUAAUAAAAAGUUCUUGAAGUUGAACAA